GGGGGCAGCAGUGCACUAACCGUGUCUACUCUGCUGCACAAAAAGCAGGAAGCAGACAGAGCCCCGUGUGCGGUUAGCUCGGAGCUAAAGCUAAAAACACUUUGUUAAAAUGUCCAAAGGCCAAACGCUGAGAGCUUUGGUGAAUGAGCGGCUGACUGCGGCUGCUGAAGAGAUCUUUGCGCUGUUUGAAAGAACGAUAGCGGAGUAUGAGGAGGAACUGUGUCGCUCCAAAGAGGAGAACCAGAGGAACCAGGACACUCCACAGACUCCACGGAUUAAAGAGGAGCCAGAGGAGCAGAGCGUCAAACAGGAGGAAGACACGCUCCCAGCACAGCUCCCAGUGGGCGUCCCAGAGUCCAGUGCUGUCUGUGUGAAGACAGAAGAGUCCUCACUGCUUCAACAUAGACAAACUGAGCACAGAGAGAAAACACAGGGAGAGGACAUCAGCACAGAGCCACAUUUACACUCAGAGACUGAGGGACACAUGGAGCACUCCUCUGACACUGACAAUGAUGAAGACUGGAGAACUCCAAUCUGCUGUUCAGCUGCACAGAUGGAGACAAAGGCUGAUGGAGACCACUGCAACCAAGUCCAGAAAGGCCAAAUGCUGAGAGCUUUGGUGAAUGAGCGGCUGACUGUGGCUGCUGAAGAGAUCUUUGCGCUGUUUGAAAGAACGACAGCGGAGUAUGAAGAGGAACUGUGUUGCUCCAAAGAGGAGAACCAGAGGAACCAGGACACUCCACAGAUUCCACAGAUUAAAGAGGAGCCGGAGGAGCAGAGUGUCAAACAGGAGGAAGACACGCUCCCAGCACAGCUCCCAGUGGGCGUCCCAGAGUCCGGUGCUGUCUGUGUGAAGACAGAAGAGUCCUCACUGCUUCAACAUAGACUAACUGAGCACAGAGAGGAAACACGGGGAGAGGACAUCAGCACAGAGCCACAUUUACACUCAGAGACUGAGGAACACACGGAGCACUCCUCUGACACUGACAAUGAUGAAGACUGGAGCGCUCCAUUCAGCUGUUCAGCUGCACAGAUGGAGACGGAGGCUGAUGGAGACCACUGCAACCAAGUCCAGAUCAGAGCCAGAAGCACCUCUGCACCAAACUCAGGUCUAUCCCUCAAAUACAAGUCUGCACCAAAGGCCAGUGCCACUGUGAACUAUGGAGACAUGUCAGGAACAGCCCACAGAGCUGACGAGAAAAAGCACCAGUGCUCUCUGUGUAACAAGAGGUUUGGAUCUAAGCGGGUUUUACAAAGACACAAAGGUGUUCACGCAGUAGAGAAACCAUUCAGCUGUUCAAAAUGUGAAAAAACAUUUACCUUGAAAGAUUAUCUAAAUAAACAUAUGAAAAUACAUUCAGGAGAGAGACCUUACAGCUGUUUAACUUGUAAUAAAACAUUUACCCAAAAAUCUAGUCUAGAUUCUCAUGUGACGAUACACACAGGACAGAAACCGUUCAGCUGUUCAACAUGUGAGAAAACAUUUAUCCAUAAAAAGAGUCUAGGUUACCAUGAAAGGGAACACACAGGAUAUAGACCAUUCAGCUGUUCAGUCUGUGAGAAGACAUUUUGUGUUAGGACUACUCUGGUUCGACAUAUGAGAACACACACAGGUGGGAGACCUUACAGCUGUUUAUUUUGUAAGACAACAUUUACUAAAAAGUGCUCUCGAGAUAAACAUGUAAAAAUGCACACUGGUGAACGACCUCACAGCUGUUCAACAUGUGAGAAGACAUUUGUCAUCAAGUCUCAUCUACGUAAACAUGAGAGAACGCACUCUGGUGAGAGACCUUACAGCUGUUCCAUUUGUAAUAAAAGGUUUUCAAAAAGCUCUAAUUUGAAGCGACACAUGAGAACUCACAGAACAGAAAGUGACUGAAGUGACUAUUCUGGAAGUUUUCCGUGGGCGCUGGCAUCAUCAUUUGGGUGGUGUUAUUUUGCAUGGGGCUAGUGAUUUUCACAAAUAAUAAUCACAGCAUGCAAGUUGUAUACGGAUUCCGUAUUUAUUUAUUUAUUUAUAAUUAAAAGCCUGUUUUAAAGCCUCCA